AUGUUUAUUAAUUUUAUUAUUUUAUUAAAUUUAAUUUCUUUCGUAAAAAAUUACUUUAUUCUUGCAAAUGAAACUUAUACUCUUCACCCAAUUGAAAUAAAACCUGACAUCCAUCCACAACAACUUUUUAGUACAAUAAAUAGAAUUGCUAUUUGCAAGCAACCUCUAAAUUAUGGAAAUUGCUCUAGAAAAUUACCUAGGUUUUAUUGGGAUGUGAAAAGUGGACAAUGUCUAAAGUAUUUUUACACUGGUUGUGGAGGAAAUCGAAAUCGUUUUCUUAAUAAACGCAAAUGUCGAAAACGUUGUUCACCUAAACAACAUAAACACCGAAAAACUAAAAUAAUUGCAAAACUUUCUAUUCAAAAUCGUAAAAAUACAAAUAAUAAUUAUGAAGUAUUUAAAAAAUUAUUUGAAUGUAAACCUGGAUAUGCCGGUAGCGGCUUAAACUGUACUAAAGACCAAAGUAUUUAUUUUAAUAAAAAUUUUAUCUUAAAUAUGUGUAAUUAUCUUAAAAUAUGUGUAACUUGUAAACAAAAUAUUUUUCCCGAUCUAUGA